UCGGCUCCGCUCUUGCCGAGCCCGCUGCUUUCGCCAGUGAGGUGCCGGGAGGGAAAACAGGACAAAGGAGCAUGCCGGUGGCGUCCCGUGCGGGGAACAGCGCCCCGUGGGGCUCCCCUUGCAGCUCCUCGGCGUGCCCGAGCCUUCCGUAAGCCUGAGGAGCAGCGUGCGAUGCCUCUCUUUGGGAACUCCUUCAGCCCGAAGAGGACCCCACCCAGGAAAUGGGCCUCGCUGUCCAACCUGCACCUGCUGGAUAGAUCCACCCGUGAGGUUGAGCUGGGCCUGGAAUACGGCACCCCCACAAUGAACCUUGCUGGCCAGAGCCUGAAGUUUGAAAAUGGCCACUGGGUUUCAGAAUCAGGAACCUUUGUGGGGGGGGAUCGCAGGGAGCUGCAGCGCUUGCGCAAACGAAACCAGCAGCUAGAGGAAGAAAACAACCUACUUCGCCUGAAAGUGGACAUUCUGCUGGACAUGCUCUCUGAGACCACUGCUGAAUCCCACCUCAUGGAGAAGGAGCUGGAGGAGCUGAAGCAGCACAGCCGGAGGAAGAAGUGAACAAGAGGUGGCCAGGCUGGUUCUAGGUCUUGGCGGACAGGAUGCUGGGGCUGGUUUAGGCCUCCCAGCCAUGUUGGUACUGUGUGGAGGUAGUUGGUUUCACGGGACCACGAGUGCCGAGAUGCCUCCAGCGUUGUGUGGUGCCGUGGGUACUGCUAAUGGCUGAUUUGGCACCACAGCGCUGUUAAUUAACAUGAUUUUCCUCAGAGCACUUUACCUUGCUACAUUUCCUCACCGCAGCCCAGCACAGGUACCCUCUUCUCUAAGGCAGCCGGACAAGAGGCGGUGGAGAAGAUCCAUCUCCAUGAGGGCUCCUCCUCGCCUUCCCCACGUACAGAAGCGGGGAGACCUCUGCCCGCUCCCCCUGGGGAGCCCGCGGGUGAUUGUACAAACCUCACCGUCUGCCUUGGGCGAGCAGGAUGCUGGAGUUGCUCGUUCUCGAGAGUUUUUCAUAUUUUACAUAAAACCUUGCAAUUAAAACCCGGUUCUGAGGGUGUUUGUGACGCGUCGUGCUGCGCUGCCCGGGCGGGGAUGGGGUGCGGCCGAUGCUCCUCCGGGCCGCCAGGGGGCGCAGUCUCGCCCGGGCUGGGUGGCGGGAGGGCCGCCGCGCUUCCGGCGGCGCUCUGGCCGCCGCUCCUUCCGUCCUGUGUGGUGGCGAUGGCGGCCGCGGCGUCCCUGUCCCCGGAGGAGCUGCUGCCCAAGGGCGGCGCGGGCAAGGCCGAGGAGCUGGAGGACGAGCUCGAGGAGGAGGAAGAGGACGACGAGGAGCUGGACGAGACGCUGGCGGAGCGGCUGUGGGGACUCACGGAGAUGUUCCCCGAGAGCGUCCGGUCGGCGGCCGGGGCUACGUUCGACCUGUCGCUGACGGUAGCGCAGAAGAUGUACAGAUUCUCUAGGGCAGCUCUGUGGAUUGGGACCACCUCUUUCAUGAUUCUGGUUCUUCCUGUCGUCUUUGAAACUGAAAAACUGCAGAUGGAGCAACAGCAGCAGCUGCAGCAGCGACAGAUCCUCCUUGGACCCAACACAGGGCUCUCAGGGGGAAUGCCAGGGGCCCUGCCUCCGCUAUCUGGAAAAAUCUAAUUUGCGGAAGCUGAGUUGGAUUCAUAUCAAGUGGGAAGACCUUGCGAUUAUGAUAUAUUGAACUGUUGAUUUGUUGGGCCAGGGCAUUUUUUGUUUUUAUUUUUGGUUCUCCUUUGGGACAUUGACCUGUUCAUAACAAGGGAGGGAAGCCCCCCUCUGGACCUGAUGAUGGCUCCUGUCUGCAUCCCCCUCUCCUUUAGAAAUCAUGAGUAUUUCCUUUUAUUCAAUCACUAUGCCAUAACCAGUUACAGACUUGGACCGGGGGAGCUCCUCUGCCAGCUUCUUGCUCCCACAGAACACCCUGGGGCACAGGUCAGGCUUUGAAAAGCAGCAGUCAGACACAACAAAUGCUUUCGUGCCUGAUUUGGAGCUGAAGGACAGUGGUGACAGAAGAGUGACUUUCCCAGCAGAGGAAGGAGGGGUGCAAUCAGUACCCCAUGGAAAAUACUCUUUGGGAAGAUGCGUCUGCAGAAACACUUUUACUGCAGCUGUGUGUGUGUGAGAACCGAGGGAGCAGCAGGCCAGGUUUGAGACGAUCACAUCCACGCAGAUUCUCUGCCUCAUAAAGUAGAACAGACAUCAGCUGCGUAUUUUUUUGUAUGGAAUAUUAAAUAAAUCCAACCUGAGCAGUGUGGUUUUAA